AUGCCUGCGCAACCGGAACUCGGCAAGUUUAGAGCUGAGGUCAUGUGGAGAGCCAGAGCUACCGAGAAGCUCAAACUGAAAGCCGCUCAGAUUGAGGCGGUCGCGAGCAAGGCCGCGAGCGGGGCUCGGCUCGGUGACCCGCGGCGGGGACGCCAACGAAGCCGAGGGCCCGCCCUCACAGUGAGGCCACGGCAAUCUGAACAUGGAAGUGAAUCUUUGAAUAUUGAUCCUAAAAAGUUGCUUGGCAGCUAUACUCCUGUUCGGUCUGAUGCACUUGUGGGAGAGCUCAAGCUAUCAGAACCCUCUGAUAUUAUUCUUCCAGAGGAACCAAAAAUUGAAGCACUUUGUUUUAGAGGGAAAGAAGUUGAAGGAGAAAUACUUACAGCUGUUGAAGUAAUUCCUAAAAGUGACAUUCAGCAUCAUAUCUGGAACAAGUACAAGAAAGAGAUUAAAUAUCAAUGGUUUUAUUCAAAUGGAGAUAGAGAGCAGAGGUCCUUUGAACCACUUGUAUCUCAGGUGUCUUGCUCAUAUAAGGUGCGGUUUGAGGAUAUAGGCCGAAGUUUGAAAUGUGAAUGCACCAUCACAGAUGUGUUUGGAAGAACAAGCAAUACUGUUUCAGCACAAACGUCUUCUAUAUCACCAGGGAUACCCAAGAUUGAUAAGCUGGAAAUUGAAGGAAGAGGCUACCACACAAAUUUAUAUGCUGUUCGAGGUAUUUAUAGUGGGGGUAAAGAAGGCAAGAGCAGAAUCCAGUGGCUUAGAUCAAUGGUUGGAAGUCCUGAUUUAAUCUCCAUACCAGGGGAGACAAGUAGGAUGUACGAGGCCAAUGUUGAUGAUGUAGGAUACAGGCUGGUAGCAGUUUAUACCCCGGUAAGGGAGGACGGAGUCGAGGGACAACCUGUUUCAGCAUCAACAGAUCCAAUUUCAGUUGAGCCUGAUAUUUAUAAAGAAGUGAAGCAGAAACUGGAACUAGGAUCUGUGAAAUUUGAGGUACUUUGUGAGAAAGACAGGCCUGCAAAGGAGGCUCCAGGUGCAGGAAAUCUUGAAAGAAGAAUUCUAGAAGUCAACAGAAAAAGGGUCAAAGUUGUUAAACCUGGUUCUAAGACUUCAUUUCCGAAUACCGAAAUUCGUGGAACCUAUGCCCCUCCUUUUCAUGUUGAGCUAUACCGGAACGACCCGCACCGAUUCAAGAUUGUAGUAGACAGCGACAAUGAAAUGGAUUUGAUGGUGCAAACUAAACACUCGUGUGAUAUCAUUGUCCUCGUGAUAAGAGGCUUCGCCCAGCGAUUCAACAGCACUUCCCUAAAUUCACUUCUGAAGAUAGAAACUUGAUUGUCGCGGCCUCAAACUAAUUUCAUCGUACGGUGGUGAUCUUGUUGCCUAAGGUUGUUGCGGGUUGUGAGCAUCCAUUGGCAUUGUGAUUUUAGCUGUAGGGUUUGGAUCUUGUGUAUGAUUGAUCUAUUUGUCUGUGGGUGCUUCGAUCCAAGGGAUGUGUUUUCUUUAGCAAGAACUUGCUUUUGCUAAUGAUGUGUGUAUAUAGAAUGUCUAGCAAUGGAAGAUCAUGUUCGUGAAGAUUUUAAAUGAAUUAUGCCAUUUGAAAACUAUAA